GUCAAUCCAUCGCAACAAACACAAACCACCAAGGGGGUAAACCGCAACACCUUCCAAACUACAAGGACCUAACAAAAAUAAUAUCCCACCCAACCCUCCUCCGCGUUCAUCUCUCUCUCUCUCAUCAAUCUCACAAAAACCCCAGAUUUCCCCCAAAUUCAUCUCAAAUUCAUCAUUAAAACCCUAAAUUCAUCCAACCAUGAUGAUGCUGGUGAACUGCUCGAAUUGCCACACGCCGCUGCAGCUACCACCGGGAGCUACAUCGAUACGAUGCGCAAUUUGUCAAGCCAUCACGCACCUCGGCGAUCCACGCCACGCGCCGCCUCAAGCACCUCAUUCCGGCGGUCAUCCUCCACCGGCUCAAUCUUCAUACCGUCCUCAACCGUCUCCGUACAACCACGCGCCGCCGGGACCGCCGCCGUCUGCUCACGGCCGGAAAAAGGCGGUGAUUGUUGGCAUAUCGUAUAAGUUUUCGAGACAUGAACUUAAAGGAUGUAUUAAUGAUGCUAAGUGCAUGAAAUAUCUUUUGAUUAAUAAGUUUCAGUUUCCUGAAGCCUCUAUUAUUAUGCUCACCGAGGAAGAACGGGAUCCUUAUAAGAUUCCAACCAAACAGAACAUCAGAAUGGCAAUGUUUUGGUUGGUCCAAAGUUGUCAGCCUGGAGAUUCACUUGUAUUUCACUAUUCUGGACAUGGUUCACGGCAGAGAAACUAUAACGGUGAUGAGGUUGACGGGUACGAUGAAACGUUAUGCCCCUUGGACUUUGAGACACAGGGUAUGAUCGUUGAUGAUGAGAUUAAUGCAGCUAUUGUCAAACCUCUUCCUGUUGGGGUUAAACUUCAUGCCAUUAUUGAUGCUUGUCAUAGUGGCACUGUACUAGAUCUCCCAUUUCUUUGCAGGAUGAACAGGAGUGGGCAGUACGUAUGGGAAGAUCAUCGUCCUAGGUCUGGUAUAUGGAAAGGUAGUAAUGGCGGUGAGGUUAUUUCCAUAAGUGGUUGUGAUGAUGAUCAAACAUCUGCUGAUACGUCUGCUCUAUCGAAGAUCACAUCAACAGGGGCCAUGACUUUCUGUUUUAUUGAAGCUAUAGAGCAUGGAAACGCGUCUACUUACGGGAGCUUAUUAAGCUCCAUGCGUAAUGCCAUUCGUAGUGCAAGAGGCGGUGGUGGUGGUGGUAGUGGUGGUGGUGCAGUUGUCAAUUCUCUUCUCACUAUGUUACUGACCGGCGGCAGUCUUACUGGUGGACUAUCAGGAGGGCUAAGCCAGGAGCCUCAAUUGACCUCAUGCCAGCCUUUUGACGUGUAUGCAAAACCGUUUUCCUUGUAACAUAUGACACCGUUUGUUCGACUAGUGUACAGUUCACUGGCUUAGGAGAAAGUUCUUGCUUUCUUCACCGAGGUUGGUUAAUAAUUUUAUAAUUUAUGAUUUUGGGGAACCUUUGUGUAACAUAUGCUUUUUGAAGCAACAAUAUAUUUUUUGUUUUGUUUUUAGACUCAUUUGGGCAACUUUCUCCUUUAUUUUCUUGUUUA